GUAUUCUCCGGGAUCUUCACAGCUGAGAUGGUCUUAAAGAUCAUCGCUCUGGACCCCUACUACUAUUUCCAGCAAGGUUGGAACAUCUUUGACAGCAUCAUCGUGUGCCUCAGCCUCAUGGAGCUGGGCCUGUCCGACGUGGAAGGACUGUCUGUUCUCCGAUCCUUCAGACUGGUAUUUAAGCAUUAAGCAUGUCGCCUCUCCGGCCUAUCUGUCUCUCUGUGUGCUGUCUGUGUGUUAGUAGAUGAUGGUUGUCUGGAUGUAAGUGUUGCUGGCUGCACUGUUUGACAGUGUGACUGGUUAGCUCGCUCUCCCGAUGCUAAUGUACGAAUACUGUAAGUCCCCCUAACUGUGAGCUUGGCAAGUCCUUCUCAACAGUUACUUAGAGGCUAUUCCUAUUGACGAACAUUUAAGGUGAGGCAGCGCGAUGAGAUUUAAAUGUACAUUAAUGUACAUAAACUUUUCAAUUUACAUGACACUAUUGCUCUGCAACUCCAAAUGUACAGUAAAUACCAGUAUCACAGUAGCCACUAGCCAGUAAGCUUGCAAACUAUUCAACAAUGCGAGCAACUUUUCCUCUAAAACAUAUUAGAUAUACUCUUGAAUAAUGUAACCAAAUCAUAUUACACUCUUAAAUAAUGCAACAAUUCACAAGCAUGUGCUGACCGUUAAAGGGUUUAUUUUCUUGUUCGUACACACAAUAACACCACUAUCUAUGCUAGCUAGUAAUGUUAGCAUAUCAAACAUGAACGUUUUUCCCCUCUCAUACGAUUAUAUAAAAAUAUAGUUUCAGCAUAUUAAAGAUACCUUAGAACAAACCAGGUUUCAUUUUAUCAAUAUCAUGGAAGUCAUUAUAUGAGGUAAACGCAAAAUCUCGACUGAAAACGUUGAUAAUUUCCCUGAUGAGUUGAUCAGCUUCUUGUUGCAUUCUUCGUGCCUAGAUGGUGGCUCACCAUCUUUGAGCUUCCCUUUCUUAAAGCUACGGAGACAAUUUCAGAAUGUAACAGGCUGUAACUGCAAUUUCAGGUGAAAACUCAAUAAAAAUAGGUUGAAAAUAUAAUGAAAAGGUCUAUACAUUUAAGCUGUUUCAAAAACACUGCUCUGCUAUUAGUAUUUUUACUGUACGAAUGUUGGGCUCAACGAGACAAUUCUGUUUACACUGCCAUGCUUAGAGGGGGGCAACUGUCGGGCAAAUGUUGCGUGUGACCUCUGGAGGUAGCAUUCGAGACGUGAGAAAUACGCAAGUUUACAUUACAGUUAUGUCUCUCGAGAAUUGAUACCUCUCGAGAAUCUCUUGAAAUUCUCCUUAAUUCUCGACAAUGAGAAUAGACCCUAAACCAGCCUGAUUGAGUUAACCCCUUCUUAGUACAUAAUCUCCAUUGACACAAUUAUUUGAAUUGUAGCCAGUAGCCACUUCUUUAUUUUGAAUAGACAUUUAUUCACUUUAAAGGUUUAAACUUAAAGAUGAGAAUAGGAUAAAGUCAAAUAAAUAACAACAUGGAAGAAUACAUUGAUAACUUAUAGAUAACAUUAAUUUCUAAAACACACAUACUGACCAUGUCUCAGAUAACGAACAAACAGCAGGUCUCACUAUACCACCCCCCCCCCUCCCCCCUCCCACAGCUGAGGGUGUUCAAGUUGGCCAAGUCAUGGCCCACCCUCAACACGCUCAUCAAGAUCAUCGGCAACUCAGUGGGCGCCCUGGGAAACCUGACCCUGGUGCUAGCCAUCAUAGUCUUCAUCUUUGCCGUGGUGGGCAUGCAGCUGUUCGGCAAGAACUACCAGGACUGCGUGUGUAAGAUCUCCAAGGACUGUACGCUGCCGCGCUGGCACAUGAAGGACUUCUUCCACUCGUUCCUCAUUGUGUUCCGGGUGCUGUGCGGCGAGUGGAUCGAGACCAUGUGGGACUGUAUGGAGGUGGCAGGGCAGCCUCUCUGCCUACUGGUCUUCAUGCAGGUCAUGGUGAUCGGGAACCUGGUG